CAGCCUCCCAGCCCAAUCCCUACCAGGAUAAUACCCAUAAAACACUCACUAGGACACAGCAUACGCACAGCAAGAAAGCAGCAAGAACAGAUCUACUUCAUAAAUAAGGUGUAACGAUGGCUAACAUUAAAACAUUAAAUGAAAUUGGACACCUCAACUCAUCUGGCUUUGGUAGGCCUUGGCCCAGGCAUGGACUUUACCUGCUCCACUGGUUCUCCCAUAACUACGUCAUAUUCGACAACAAUGGUGACCUGCUGGCGCUGUACAACCCCAAAAGGAAGGAGUUUGGUUUCCAUCACUUCAAUAACCGACUCGAGUGUGACGGUAACUGUUAUCAAUUGCUCCCCAACCAGAACUUUCCAUACUAUGUGAUGGGCAACCUGAAUACCCCAGGGGCAGGUGACCUGCCACCAUACGUUAGGCAGAACUACAAAGGUUACCAUGAUGACAGCAAUAUGGACCGUAUCAUCAUCAGUCUUCACCCCAGCUUGGUGUUGGAUAAAGUCUAUGUGACCCAACACGAGGAUGUGAGGACCUUUGAUCGCCAGAACACCUAUCGGAUCAGUAAGGGUUUGGUCAGGCUCAUCCGUAAUCUGGAACUGGAGGAGCUGCUAAGGCAAGCUGGGUACCCCAGAAGCAUUAUGUUUGUCAAAGCAGUCAAGCGGCAAGAGACUCCAGCUCGAAGCCACACCACCGUUUAUCAACCAGCUGUCAGCCAAACUGACUGGGUCAACAACAAGAGGCCCUCUGUUGUGAGUCCCAGGCCAACACCAUCAAGGGAGUCUGUGAUUGACAUGCCACAUGACUUAAUGCUUUGUGAGAGCAAAAUAAAUCAUGUGUCUGUCAGUAUCCCCGAGAGCAGAGACUCCCAUAAGCCUCGGCGGGAGAGGCGAUGCUGUGUCAUUCUGUAGACUGGGCCAAAGAGAGUCAAAAGGGUUCAUCUUACAGGACGAAUCGGGAAAUAACUGUGGACAACAUUUAUUACAGUGCUCCUAUAAGUAGGUUUACAGUGCAACACUAUU